CAUUUAAUCAGGGUUUUUUCUAAUAAAAUUUUAGUGAAUUUUAUAAGAUUUGCUACUUUUCUACUAUUAUAUUAAGUUGCUGCUACUUUUAUUGGGACAGGGAGGUUGAGUAAGGGGAGGUUACUCUAUUGCUUCUCACCUGUAAUUAACACUAGUAACAGGUGUGUCACUAUUAUUACAUUUCAUUCUUUUCCCUCAUUUUGUUUUUACAAAGAUUCUCCAUGGAUACUGAAGAAGACUCUGACAUAAUUCGUUGUUUCCAACACUGUUCGAACAAAACAAAUAUAUUUUAUUGUCUUCAGUUACCAACAACCUGUCCCCUAUGUGGCGGGGAUGUUAUCAACAGCGACAUGCUCUUACCCCCCUAUCGUAUCGAAUCCCCCUUCACCGAUGCUGCCCGUUGGCCUUUUGUUGUCGUCGUUAAACCUACCCAGGGUACAUUUCUUCAGGAUUACCAGAAUGCUGCCAACCUCCAUACAGGUGUGACUGACUCAAAAGGUGUUGUAUAUGAAUACGAUGAAAAUGGCAUCACAAUCGGGUCGUUGUCCUGGACACACUGUAUUGCUGUUUCUUUCAGUGAUCUGUUGACCAACAGAGUCUUAGAAACAGAAUGGGAUGGUCAGCUUGAUCGAUAUUCACAAGACCUCACCUGGGUACCACAAAGAUAUCAUGAAGAAAACCAUAACUGCUUCAGUUUCGUGAUGAGUUUCCUGAAAUUAAAUGGUGUUUUGGCAGCCGAUGUUUCCAAACAACAUUUCCUCACACAGUUCCUAAUUAAACACUUGACUAAAGGUAGCAAAUACAUCUCCUUGUACCGACAAAUUAUAACUGAAGGAUUCUUAUGCCAACCAGCACAAACCAUCUGAACCAAAGUCACAGACGUCUACUAUUGUCUUGGCAUCGGUUGUUCUCUUCCCCCCACACACACACAGAGCAGGGUCCUAGUUGCUUGUAUAAAUGUGUGUCAUCAUCAUUUAACGUCCGUUUUUCCAUGCUGGCAUGUGUUGGAUGGUUCACCAGGAACUGGCA